UGAUCAAUCCAAUGAGGUCUCAUGAGAGAGUAAAUACUCUUUGGAGUCAGUACACAUUUAGUAUUCGAACGGAGUGCGUGUGUGAGUAAAAUUAAGAUGGGUUCCAUGACUGUGCUUCUGUCUCUUUUUGUCGUGCUGGUGGCUAUUGCAUACACAAAUGCUGCCGGCAACUGCCCUCUACCAUCGAAGGUGUAUGGCUGCAGUCCGAAAUGCGUGCAAGACUAUGAGUGCAGUCACGGCAAAGUGUGCUGCUCGAACGCCUGCAACGCCAAGUCCUGUUCCGAACCAGCUGCGUACGGAGGCGCUGGCGGCCAUGGCGGUUCUCACCAGUCACAGUCCGGCACGGGAAUUUACUGCGACAACGUUAAGUGCAGUCCGGGCCAGGUGUGCAAGAUGGACCCCUCCACCAAGCGGAACAAGUGCAGCCGACCUUAACCAUUUGCAAUAUUAACAAUAAGUAUUAGUUUUAAAAAA